AUUUCAUCUUUUUAAUAGGAUGAAACUAGAGAAGAAGGUGCUGAAGAAAGUGUUGCACAAAACUUAGGAAUGCAAAUCGCAUAUCAUUUACAAACCUUAUUAUAUGUAGAUUCCUUACUGGCUUAUCAUGAACGAGGUGGUGUUAAAAAAGCACCUGAUGAUCCAGAAAUUGUUUCUGUACUCCACCACAUGUAUACUAUGAUUUUCUCUCCUAUCGGCCGUCCUGCUGUAGUCAAUGUUUUGACUACUUCUGAAAACUUACGAGCACUUCUGCCUUUUGUGCAAUUAACUGGAGAAGAAAGCUGGGAUUUAAAACUAAGUAAAUCAUCAUGUGCUGGUUAUGUGACUGAACUUUUGAUGUUGGUAACUCACUACUCAGAAGAUGUGCAGAUUCUAGAAAAGUUUUCGGAUGCUCUUUUUAACUUAAGUCAGCAAGGUAGUUCUUUUACAAUUUGCUUUAAUUUUUUUACUCUCACAAAAGCAUUCUUUACAAAUAUAGAUAUUUUUCUGU